AUGGUCGCCAAACAGAGGAUUCGUAUGGCCAACGAAAAACACAGCAAGAAUAUCACGCAAAGAGGCAACGUAGCCAAGUCCACGGUAACAUUUUAACCAUUUUCUUUCGGUUUGGGAACGUGUUAAGGAAUAUGUUAACGUUACGUAAAUUGGUCAAAAGUGAACGCUUAAUUGCGUGAUUGUUUGGUAGUUUUUUUUUAAACAUUCACAUAUAUCAAGGUUCCUAGCCCAUGUGCCAACAGUUCAUGCUGUCAAUCUUUGGUCAGCUGUAAUAGUAUCCAUGAAAGUAAAUUUUAACAUCAUGUCAAGUUGAGUUACAUUUUUAUUUAAACCGCUGUAUGUUUCUGGUUAAGGUUUUUAGACGUAUACAUGUUUGACGUUUGCUGUUAUUGCGUCCAAAAUACCACAGUCUUCUACAUUUUCUGCAGUUUCAAAACUGCAAUUUUUUUUGUUACGGGUUGCUUUUGACAUGAUAGCAUGACGUGUACUGUAUUUGGUUUCACAGAGAAACCCUCAGGAUGAUAAGGUGGCCGUGGGACCCUGGCUGUUGGCGCUCUUCAUCUUUGUGGUGUGUGGAUCAGGUGAGUUGUGUUGACUCUUACUAACCGCUCUGAAAUUGCUCCCACAAAAUAUCUUAACUAAUCUUGAAUGGCCAGGUUGCUCGUGGGAGUUUCGCCAUCAGCUCGAAGAUGGUGUCACCCCACCCCACACACACAUUUUAGUGGCCCCCCUUGACAGCGGAAAUUAUUUUUUUACGUUUGUUAAUUUUGUGCAAUUCUACACAUUUUACCAUGGGGUGUAGAGAAAAUGUUGAAGUUUUAAAUCAAGUAUGCUGCAAUUCUACACUUUUUGCAAUGGGGCGGAGAGAUAUGUUUUCAGUUUUUAAUAUCAUAUCUGAGUGAAAAUGACUAACAAAAUCAAUGGGGACCUGCCAGUAAUUGGACUAAGAUAACAAGUUUAGAUAGCUGGCCACAAAACUAACUUGGCAAUCUAAUAAAUGUUUUGCUGACAUGGGCUAAUUGACUGACUUAUCAGUGACUGACUUAACAAGAGAGAAACUGCUGAUGCACAACCAAAUUUGUGGGGGGGAUUGCUCUGAGGACCUUCAAAGGCCCGCGGGCCCCCAGUUGCCCAUUGCUGACCUAGACACUUUUGUUGAUCUGAAAGGAUUGGAUAGGUGUAUCCAACAUUUUACUGAGCUUGUCAUAAGGCCAGAUGGAACCAUAUUGCUUACCUAUCUGAUCCUUUUAGUGUAUAGGAGAGUGGUCCCCGAACGUAAGCCUAUGCAACAUUAACCUAUUAAAAACAGUUCUGUAGCAAUGAGGUUUGUAGUAUGCUAUAUAUGCCCAAUACAUUAUUGGCUAUGCUUGAAUUGCCCUGCCAAUGUUGUUCUUCUCAAAGCAUUUUAAAAUGAUAUUUCAACUUGAGGUAUAUAAUCGCACUGGUAAUAGAUCAUCAUUUGUUGUAUUACUUGUGAGGCACAGCUGAAUGAGCAUCAAUUGAAAUAAUGUGCUUUCUUUAUUUUACUGGACUGAUUGUGCCUGCAUCUGAUGGUCAGUCUCAGCGGAGGGAGAGCAUAAGAGGGUCCGCCUCUCACCGUCAGACCAUCCCUCAGCUCUCCCCCCUCCACUAAGAGUAAGACUGACCAAAAAGGUGACACCAUCUUCGAGCUGAUGGCGAAACUCGAGUCUAAAAACAUAGAUCUCAUAACCUUAUCUCACAAAGUCUUUACAGUAUUCAAACCAAUGGUCCCUUUAGGGGUUUGUUAGUCUCUUGUGACAGCCUUAGGGUUUUGUCAGCCUUUGUACACAUAUUUUUUUGUCAAUGUUUGCCUUUAACAGGCAAUAUCAACGUGCUUGUUGCCUACCUCAGCUAAUAUUGGGGAAGGACACAAGUUUUUAUAUUCUAGGACCUCCGCCAGCUAACUGUUGGAGACUGUUUGUCUUUUAUCCUGGGUCAGAUAAUCUGGACUGUUUCUGUGUGGUCUGGUUUGACAUUUUGGCUUACUACCUUGUUCUCCUGCUUUUGUUUGUCCCAGUCCAAGCUUUUAUUAGUCAGUGGGUUUGGUAACACUUUAAGAGAUUCCAGCAGAACAUAAUUGAGCAAUUACAUUAGUCACCUUGGAAAUAUAAAUUAAUACCUUGCUGGAAAGGAGGGAUAUAGUCACACUGGCGAGUUAAAUGAAAGAAGAAAAUGGGUAAAGUAGACUAUUCCGGCGGAACAUUCUGGUCAGUUCCCAGCUGUCGUCAGUGAAUAAAAACCUUCACUUUAUUAAAACGCUUCGUUCCAGGUCAGGGUUUUCCAACGUCAUUCAAGGGAUUCUUUAACUUGGCUAGUUUCCUUGUCCAUGAACUCCAGUGUAGAUUUAUUUUCUUAACAUUUGAAUUCUUUCUCUCCACAGCUAUCUUCCAGAUAAUUCAGAGCAUUCGAAUGGGCAUGUAG